CGGGAGGCGGAGCGGAAGCGGAGUGCGAGGGACGAGCAGAGUAGAAUCUCCACAAGCUGGAAACCAACCUCGCCGCCGCUUCCCAGUCGCUUCCUCUCUUCAUCCCGACCUGGAAGCUGCUUCACUAGCGCGGGACGCCGCUGACGCCCUCGAAUCGGCUUUCGCCGCGCCGCCCAGGAGCCUGCCGGCGGCGGCGUCGGUGACAAGUAGCCCACAGGCAAGUUUUACAGAGGUAAUUGACAGUUGGAGGCAAUCUUGCUGAAGAUGAAGAAUAUACCAUAUUAGCAGAGGAGAAAGAGGAGGAAAUUUUUUUCCCCUUCAAAAAUCUUGAUUGGUGGCUUGCCUUUAGUUACCACUUUUCAGCUGAGUCUGUUUGCUUCAGGAGAAAUGAUUUUUGCAAUCUCCAGAAAAAAUAUGUCCCAGAAAUUGAGUUUACUUUUGCUUGUAUUUGGAUUCAUUUGGGGAUUGAUGUUACUGCACUAUACUUUUCAACAACCAAGACAUCAAAGCAGUGUCAAGUUACGUGAACAAAUACUAGAUUUAAGCAAAAGAUACGUUAAAGCUCUAGCAGAGGAAAAUAAGAACACAAUGGAUGUUGAGAAUGGCGCUUCGAUGGCAGGAUAUGCGGAUCUAAAAAGAACAAUUGCUGUCCUUUUGGAUGACAUUUUACAGCGGUUGGUGAAACUAGAGAACAAAGUUGACUAUAUUGUUGUGAACGGCUCAGCAACCAACACUACCAAUGGUACUAGUGGGAAUCUGGUGCCAGUAACCACGAACAAAAGGAUUAAUGCAUCCGGCAACAUUAGAUAGCAGUUAAAGAUCACCUUGUGCUGCUGCAUCCCCAUGAGUUAGAUCCAAGGACAGAAAAGCUUUUAAACCGCUGGCUAGGAUAGAGUAAUACUUCACAAGUACUCUGCAUUUUCAAGGAAUAUGCUGGAAUCAUGGAACUCUUAUUCUGUAUAUAAAUUUUUAAAAGUUAUUAGUUUGCUUUUAGGCAAGUCUCUUCAAUGCUGAACUAUAUCCUUAAAGGGAAUUUAGUAACAUGGUUGAUGUGGUAUGCAGAUAGGUGAUCUUUAUGUAAACCUUUUGUGUUUGAGAUCAAGCUGAAACACUGAAAGACAUGGCUUCAUUUCUAGAAAAUAUUUAUUUAAAUAUAUAACAUGUUUUUCAAACAAGUGAAGAAUAUUGUUAUUGAAUCAUUCUGUCAUUUGUUCUCAAUAUAUAUAAUCUUAGACUGGUAACCAUUAAGAAGUGUGCUUAUUUCUAGUACUAUAUUUUGUUACUCAGAUUAUGAGCAGAGCAAGGAAGUAUAAUGUUGAAAAGAAUGUUUUGAAAUCAUGACCCAAAGAAUGUCUUCAUUUGCACUAUCCUUCAGAAUAACUGGAGGUUGAUUAUUGUAUAUUUUUAAAAAUUACAUUUGUAUGAGAAUAAUCUUGAAAUGGGUAGUAGCCACUGUCUGUAACCUAUUCUUAACAUUGGGACAAUUAAAGAGCAUUAAGAUA